AUGGGCCACUUAUUCUCCGCCGGUUCCGCCGUCAGAAGGAGAGCACUCGCCAUCCUGGGCGUCACGCUGGUGGCGGCCUGCGCACACAGCCUCUUCCCCUUCCUCCGGAGAGGCCAGGACCUCCUGUGGGGACGCAGUGGAGACCCUCCUGUCGUCAGCGUCGUGGAGGAGACCAGACGCAUGGUGGACCGCGCCAUCUACCACACCGUGAAGAGAGACCUCAGCCAAAGAGGGGUCCCGUCUCCAUCACAGCUUCUGUCUUUCUCCAAACGCCCUGAGCCGACUAGCCGAGCCAUCUCCCGUGCAGCCGAGAUCAUGGAAGCUUCCUUGCAGGCCCUGAAGACGAGAGUCUCCGGGAAGCUCCGGGGAUCCUGGCCUCCCACAGAUGUCCUGCCGGAAGAUGUGCUGAACACCGUCGCGAACGUGUCCGGAUGCCUGCCGUACAUGCUGCCCCCCGAGUGCCCGGACACCUGCCUGGCCCGCAAGUACCGGCUCGUCACCGGCGCCUGUAACAACAGAGACCACCCCCAGUGGGGAGCGUCCAACACGGCGCUGGCGAGGUGGCUGCCGCCCGCCUACGAAGAUGGCAUCAGUGAGCCCCGGGGCUGGAACCCCAACCUCCUGUACGGUGGCUUCCCGCUACCCCCGGUCCGGGAGGUGACAAGACAAGUCAUUCAGGUCCCCAACGAGGCUGUCACUGAGGACGAGCAGUAUUCUGACCUCCUGGCGGCGUGGGGACAAUACAUCGACCACGACAUUGCGUUCACCCCUCAGAGCACCAGCAAAGCUGCGUUUGGGGGAGGAGCUGACUGCCAGCUGACGUGUGAAAACCAAAACCCAUGUUUUCCCAUACAGCUGCCCAGCAACGCCUCGGGGAGCGCUGGCGGCUCCUGUUUGCCGUUCUACCGAUCCUCCGCUGCCUGUGGCACGGGGAUGCAAGGUGCCUUCUUCGGGAACCUGAGCUCGGCCAACCCACGACAGCAGAUGAACGGGCUGACGUCUUUCCUGGACGCGUCCACGGUGUACGGCAGCUCCCCGGCCUUGGAGAAACAGCUGCGCAACUGGACGAGCCCCGAGGGGCUGCUCCGGGUCAACACGCGCCACCGGGAUGCCGGCCGCGCCUACCUGCCCUUCGCACGGCCCACUGCCUGCGCGCCUGAGCCCGGCCCCCACGGGACGGUCACCGCGCCCUGCUUCCUGGCGGGGGACAGCCGAGCCAGCGAGGUGCCCGCUCUGACGACCCUGCACACGCUGUGGCUGCGUGAGCACAACAGGCUGGCCUCGGCGCUCAAGGCUCUGAACGCGCACUGGAGUGCCCACACGGCCUACCAGGAGGCGCGCAAGGUGGUGGGCGCCCUGCACCAGAUCAUCAGCAUGCGGGAUUAUGUCCCCAAAGUCCUGGGCCCUGAGGCCUUCCAGAAGUACGUGGGCCCUUAUGAGGGCUACGACCCUGCCGUGGACCCCACCGUGUCCAAUGUGUUUUCCACGGCUGCCUUCCGCUUUGGCCAUGCCACUGUGCACCCCCUGGUGAGGCGGCUGGACGCCCACUUCCAGGAGCCCCCGGGCCUCCCCCCGCUGCGGCUGCAGGACGCCUUCUUCAGUCCCUGGAGGCUCCUCAAGGAAGGGGGUUUGGACCCCCUGGUGAGGGGCCUCCUGGCGAGACCAGCCAAGCGGCAGGUGCCGGAGCAGCUGAUGAACGAGGAGCUGACGGAGAGGCUGUUCGUGCUGGGCAGCUCGGGCGGGCUGGACCUGGCGUCCAUCAACCUGCAGCGGGGCCGGGACCACGGCCUGCCAGGCUACAAUGCGUGGAGGGAGUUCUGCGGCCUGCCCAGACUGCAGACGCGGGCCGACCUGCGCACCGCCCUCGCCAACGCCAGCAUCGCGGGCCGGAUAAUGGACCUGUACGGGCACCCCGACAACAUCGACGUCUGGCUGGGCGGCCUGGCUGAGACCUUCCUGCCCCAGGCGCGCACAGGUCCGCUGUUCGCGUGCCUCAUUGGGAGACAGAUGAAGGCCCUGAGGGACGGAGACCGGUUCUGGUGGGAGAGCAGCGGGGUGUUCACCGAGGCCCAGCGGCGCCAGCUGGCGAGACAUUCCCUGUCCCGGGUCAUCUGUGACAACACGGGCCUCCCCAGCGUGCCUGCUGAUGCCUUCCUAACCGGGAGAUUCCCGCGGGACUUUGAGGCGUGCGAGAACAUUCCGGGUCUGAACCUGGACGUGUGGAGGGAGCCCCCGCCUCAAGGUGACGCAUGUGGCCUCCCCGACGGCGUGGACAAUGGGGACGUCACGCUCUGCGGAGAGACUGGACGGCGCGUGCUCGUGUUCUCCUGCCGGCACGGGUUCCAGCUGCAGGGCCGGGAGCAGGUGGCCUGUGCUCCCCGCAGCCUGCUCCGGCCGCCCGUGUGCCGAGAUGUCAAUGAGUGUGAAGACGUGACAGCCCCUCCCUGCCACCCAUCGGCCCGGUGCAGGAACACCAAGGGCGGCUUCAGCUGUGAGUGCACAGACCCCUACGUGCUGGCGGAGGACGGGACGACGUGCGUAGAUUCUGGGAGGCUCCCGAAGGCAUCCUGGGUCUCCAUCGCCUUGGGCGCCCUGCUGGUUGGCGGCCUGGCAGGUCUCACCUGGACGGUGGUUUGCAGGUGGGCACACGCCGGCCGGAAAGCCUCGCUGUGCAUCGCAGACUCGGGCGGAAGAGGAGCCUGCCAGCGGGGUCUCGGCACGUGCCAGGACACGAACGCGUCAAAUCUGCUGCCACCACUCGGGGCGCAGGGCAGGUGUCCCCUCCUGGCAGUGUCCCCUAACGGCAGUCCUCCUUGCGGGCAGCAGUGGGAGGAGGUUGGCUCUUCAGAUCUGUGUCGCCCUGAGGGGACUGCCAGGCCCCGCUCCGGAUACCUGGCACACCCCCAGUGUUGCUUCGCACAGGAGCUGGGGCCCAGAUCUUACAGCUGUCAGUACGACAGUCACAGCGAUUCAACUGCUACCAGAGGCCCCCUGGGGAAAGCCCACUGGUCCCCUCACCACGAGGAGCCCACGUCCCCCUCAGAGCCCGCAAACAUCGUGGAGCGUGUGCUCCCGGGCCUGGGACAUGAGGAGCUGGUCUUUCGUGUCGUGGUGCCCGAGUGCUUAGUGUUGCCUCAUAAGCUCCUGAUGAACAACCAGGGAGCCAGAAGGGACAGUCCCGGAUCCAGAGCAGCUGAGUCCACGUACGAGCUGGGAACUGCUCUGCGUCCCGAGGAGGGCUGGCAACGCAGUCCCCGUAGCUCUUUGCCCAUCCACCUGCCCGUCCACCUGGAACCAUCCGCCCCAGCAUCUCCACCAAAGCUGGACUCCCGAUGUCGGCUGGGGCUUGGGCAGGAGCCCGCCCGCCUGGCCCUUGUGGAUGCACCUGCCCCUGGCUGA